AUGUUGAUCUUUACCCUGAAUCAUUCCACUACGGCUGUUGCUCUGAUAGCAGGCCUUGCGGCCGGAGAACCUGCCUUCUACGUCUCAGCAUCGGCCCGGAAAGUUUCAGACGCUCCCUCUCCCACAUCCGAAGCUUCUGGCAUACCAUCUCGCACCAGAGCGCCAGGCAUCACCCCCCUAGAGGCGCAGGCCAGAAUCUGCAAUCUGGAGGCAGAUUACAGCCCCCACGACCCCAUCGACUCUGAGAAGCAAGAGAAGGGCGUUUCCACCUUUUGUGAUCUUCUAAGAGGAAAAGGCGGCUAUCUCGAACCUGGGAUGGAGUCUCAACGUGUGGAGUUUCAAGACGCAAAUGGGGGACGCCACCACUACAAGGUUGAGUGGGCAGCGGGAUGCCAGACGGAAGUUGAGAAUCAGGCGAUCCGGCGGCCCCUGGGGCAUGUUAGUGCGUCACUCAACUGCCAUGACUUGAUGCGGGAUAACUACUUGUUGUGCCACAAUGGCGGUGUUGGUGGCAAGGUACAGGUCGGUUGUCUCAUUUACACCUACAACGGAGGUAUUAUGACAGGCAGAGUGUACGACUGGUGA